CCAGAGAAGUCUGGACCGCAACCUUCCGCCCGCACCUCCGCCAUAGCCAGCAGCACACAGUGCUCCGCCUCAGCUGUCUGCCUCGCUCCUCUGGUCCUUCGCCUCCAGGUAUUUUCUGACCCACAUGGAAGAUGCUCAAAUGCAGGAAGUUUUUUGUCCACAAGUUAAAGCGACCCUUCGUCUUGGAUCAGAAGCACAUUCUGUUGUGGUGAACAAUGUAAAUGUAUCAACGCAACUGGUCUCAAUGAAAGAACAGAGCAUGAGUAUAUUAAAGGAUUACAUCACAAGGCAUAAUGUUCCAAAUGAUGUCCCUGAUGAGCCGGAAGGGAUUUCUUCUGAAGACGAAGAGGAAGAUAGUUCCUCUGAGAAGCCUUCUACAAAGUCAAAAAAGAGAAAGUAAAUUCUCUUUUAGUACGUUACAUAUUGUGCGACGAAGGACUAUUUUUUAAUCAGUUUGCCUAGACGGGAUGCUUGAAACUUUAAGGACAUUUGUGUGUUUUUCUCACUCAUAGGAUAGCUCUUGUAGUCACCUAUACAUUUUUUUUAUUCUGGAUUUAAGAUAAUAUCUUCUUUCAACCCUCCGCACUGGAAGGUACAAACAGAAUCAGUACAGUAGGGCGAUAACAGCAUUAGUUAAAGCAAAAAAAAGGAGCCUUAUUAAGGUAAAUAUUUAUUGAGGAGAUCAUCAAAAUAUGAGUUACACUAUAUAUAUUGUUCUCUACAACUACUGGUUGUAUUGCGCAUAUUUGCUCGUCAGCACUUAGUCCUUAGUGCCCUUACAUUAAAAGGCGAAGGGCAUUCUUUACUCAAUGGAGACAUACUUGGGCCAACGACCGACUCGAAGAUUGUAUUGUCACAGCCCCAGAUGCCAUAACCAAGGGGUAGAAUAAACACAAGAACAAAAGUUUUUAUUAGUAUCACAAAACAUAAGGAAAAGCUCAGGGGAAGGUAAAA